AUCUGAAUGGGGGGCUCUCUCUGGUGUAUAAAUUACAACUUUUCAUCAAUACUACACUUGGGUGGCCCCAUGUAUUCGUCACAUAGCAAGGUUGACAGCUGACAAUUGCAUUGUCGUUCACCAAUCGUUUCUGCCUGAGGUUGAGACAUCGUGGCUAGUGCCGAGCAUUCAGGAGCAACAAUACAGAGGCCAGGCUUCAGGCCCAUUUCUCUCUUUUUUUUGAAGAGAGCACACAACACCACAUCCAUUCCAACAUGGCCAUAGCACGACCAAUCCGAGUGCUGGGCCUGUUGGCUUUAGGCCUAUGGAUCUUCUUCUUCUACCAGGUCUUUGGACGGACCAGGUAUCCAAAGGGUCCUGGGGAUACGCUGGAGCACAUGGACAGAGAUCCAAAUCUAGACCCCACGGGCGAACCUGAAGGGAUUUUGCACAGAGUGGAAGAGGGAUACGCGCCUGGUCCUGAGGGGACGGCGCGAAUCAACGCUACCCUUUUAUCAUUGGUUCGAAACGAGGAAAUCGACGGCAUCGUCCAAGCAAUGCAAGAUCUCGAGCGAACCUGGAAUUCGAAAUUCAACUAUCCAUGGACUUUCUUCAACGACGUCCCUUUUACCGAAGAGUUCAAGCGCCGAACACAGGCACAGACAAAGGCGGAAUGCAGAUAUGAGUUAAUACCUAAGGAACACUGGGCGAUCCCCUCGUGGAUCGAUAUGGAGCUUUUCGAAGAAUCGGCCAAGAUCCUCCAAGAAAACGACAUUCAAUACGGCAGCAUGAAAUCCUACCACCAAAUGUGCCGAUGGAACAGCGGCCUCUUCUACAAACACCCGGCACUCGAGCACAUGCAGUAUUACUGGCGCGUUGAGCCGAAGGUGCAUUUCUUCUGCGACGUCGACUACGAUGUCUUCCGGUACAUGGCCGACCAUAACAAGACCUACGGCUUCACCAUCAAUCUUUAUGAUGCACCGCAAUCCAUCCCACAACUUUGGCCCGAGACCAUGAAAUUUAUAGCGCAACACUCGGAAUAUCUCCACGAGAACAACGCGAUGAACUGGUUGACGGACAGCGACAGGAGGCCGGAACAUAAUUUGAAGGCCAACGGAUAUAGCACCUGCCAUUUCUGGAGCAAUUUCGAGAUAGCGGAUAUGAAUUUCUGGCGGAGUCAAGCGUAUGAGGAUUAUUUCAAUCAUUUGGAUCGUGCCGGUGGAUUCUUUUAUGAGCGAUGGGGUGACGCGCCAGUUCAUAGUAUCGCGUUGGGCUUGUUCGAGGAUGCGAGCAAGAUCCAUUGGUUCCGUGAUAUCGGUUACCAGCACAUCCCGUAUUUCAACUGCCCGAACUCUCCAAAAUGCAAAGGUUGUGUGACUGGGAGGUUUACAGAUGGAGAGUCUUGGUUGCUAAAAGAGGACUGCCGACCGAAUUGGUUCAAGUUUGUAGGAAUGGGCUAA